UAAUAAUACAUCCUAAACUUCUCUCUUGCUUGCACUUUGGCACUUGCAAAAACUGUAUUAGUCCUAAAAGAAAAAAACGUUCUGUCCGGUCCGGUCUCAAUUUCUCGGAAGGAUUUAAGAGUUUUAGUAGCAGGAAACAGAUAAACCUUCAAAUCUUGGUGUGACCUCAGUUAGUGUGACAAGUUUAAAAGAUUCCAAUUGCUAAGCAUGUCGUUUGGAGGUGGUCAAGCAUGGCAGCGUAACAUGAUGCAGCAGCAGCAGCAGCAGAUGUUCAUGCAAACGCCGCAGCAAAAUAACAUGGCUGCCUUUCAAGGUGGUGGUGGUGGUGGCGGUGGCGGUGGUAUGUAUCCAAAUUCUGGAGGUGGUGGCGGCGGUAUGUAUCCCAAUUCUGGAGGAGGCGGUGGUGGUGGAGGACCGUUGGUCUCUUAUCCACAAAGUCCUGGAUUAAAUCCAGUAGCUUUCCAAGGAAACGUGGGUGGUGGUGGUGGAGGCGGCGGCGGAGGUGGUGCCGGUGGUAUGGCCCAGUACAACUCAAUAGGUACUGUAACCAAAAUUAACAAUGAUUGCGGUUUGGUGAACAAUGAGGUGUUCUUUUAUCGUAACGUCUGCAAGGGACCCGAACCCAAAUUGGGUGAUCGAGUCAUUUUUGAAUCCACCUAUUCCAGUCGAGGCCAAUUCAAAUGGAAUGCCACACGCAUACAAAUGAUGCAAUCCUAUGGUAAUCCCGUAAAUACGGGUAUGGAUUAUCAACGUAAUCAAAUGCAAAGGCAUCCCUCUCCCCAAAGAGGCAUAUCGUCGCCCAUGAGAGGUGAUAGACAUGAACGUGAUCGUCGUGAAAGGGAACGUGAAAAGGAUAGAAAUCACCGUUCCCGAGAUAGAGAUGAGGAUGAUCAUGAAUGGAAAAGGCGCCGUGAUGAUCAUCAUGAUCGAAGCCGUGAUCGCAACAACUCUUUAAACCGCCAUGGCGGUGCUGGUGCUAAUGCUGUUUCUGCACGCAAUGACCGCGAUAGAGAACGUGAUCGAGAAAUCAGAAGAGAACGUGAUCUUCCCGAAAAAGAUCGCAAUGAUCGCGAUACACAUCGUGACCGCGAGCAACGCGAACGUGAAAAGGAGAAGGAUAAAGAGAAGGCAAAGGAACCUAAAAAAGCACGUGAGGCGGAUACUAAUCGCAGUGUGGUACCCAAACAACGCAGGAUACGUGCAAUUCGUCGUUACACCAUUCAAAUACCAAAAUCAUUGUUAUGCAACAAAUAUGCAGAUGUCCAAUGUUUACGAAAUCGUUACACCUCAUUAUACAUUCCAUCGGACUUUUUCCAUGCCAAUAUGAAAUGGACUGACACCUUUACCCCAGAUAAUCCAUUUUCUCUAAGACGUCCCUGUCAAUUUCAUAUAAUGGAUAAGAAGAUCGAGCCACCAUGUGAACAAAACAUGGAAAAUUGGGAGCCAGCUGAUGCUGAUUAUGUCUAUUCAGCUAAAGUAAUGCUUAUGUCAUUACCACCCAUUGCUGAACUAUACAAGAAAUGUUUUGAAAACAUCGAAGAUGAUCUGGAUCAUAAUCCCAUACACCCAUCGCGACUUAUCAAGUUUUUGGUAGGCAUCAAGGGUCGCAACGAGCCCAUGGCCAUUGGUGGCCCAUGGUCGCCAUCAUUGGAUGGUGAAAAUCCAGACACUGAUCCCUCAGUCUUGAUACGCACUGCAAUACGUACAUGCAAGGCCUUGACUGGCAUUGAUUUGUCCAAUUGUACACAAUGGUAUCGUUUUGUGGAGCUCUACUAUCAUCGCACCGAGUAUAAGAACAUGGAAAAAGAUGGACCUCCACGUGUAGAAACUGUUGUUUUUUUCUUGCCCGAUGUGCACUCAUGUAUGCCCAGCCAAAGCGAGUAUGAGACUUUGACAGCUUUGUAUAAGACCACGGCGGAAAAUAUUAUCGAACGCAGAACGGCAGCCCACAACAAGUCCUUGGCCGCUGCAAACGCUAACGAUGACAACAAUGAGUCAACAAAUACCGAAGCCGAGGGUGGUGGUGGUGGUGGUGGCGAUGAUGAUGCUGCAGCAGGGGAUGCUGACCAAAAUGCAGACGACGAGGGAAAUGAGGUUGCCAACGAAGGUGGCGGCGGCGACGACGACGACGACAACGACAACGACGAUGCCAAUGCAAAUGAUGAGGAAAAUGUAGAUAACGGCGAAGGAGAUGAAAAUAACGACAUCAUGGCUGAUGAAGAAAACGGCGACGAGGAGGCGCCAAUGGACACGGACAACGCGGCGGCGGAUGCCGAAGCUAAUGAUAAUGCAUUGGCUGAAAACGAGGACAACAACACCGCUGACGCUGCUGACGAAAAUGUAACUUACCAAGAAGAUCCCUCGCCUGAACCCACCCACUAUUCGUUGCUGGAUCUGAAAUCCAUGAAGGUACAGGAGAUACGUGAUGAGCUGCUGGCACGUGAUUUGCCGCAUGAAGGUGUUCGCAAUGUUGUGCUGGCUCGUUUAAACAAAGCCUUAGUCAGGGAAAAGAUAGAAGAAAUGAAAGCCAAUACCCGAGAAAGAUUACGAGCCAAGAAGGCAGGAAAAAAAGUUGAGUCUGCCAAAAAUAAAAAGGGCGCCAACGCCAAAGCUGGCGAUAAGUCCGAAAAGGGCAAAGAAGACUGGGCCGAUGCCAUUGACUUUGAAAUGAGCGAUAUAGUCAUACUAGAUGAGUAUGAUGCCAGUAAAAAUGAGGAUAGAAAAAUGACCGAAAGGGAAAAGAAUCAAUUAAGACGUCGUUAUACUCUACCACCUACUCCGCAACUUGUGGUACAUCCCAACAAAUUGGCCAAGGAAGGCAAUUUCGAUUGUGCCAUCAUGUCUUUGUCGGUUUUGUUGGAUUAUCAUCCUGAGGAUACCAAAGAGAGAUUCUUUGAGCUGUACCUUUUUGCAGAACUCUUCAAUGAAAUGUUAAUGCGUGACUUUGCCUUUAACAUUUACAAAGAGAUACAUGUUUACAAUGAAAAGAAUCACACCCCUGAUGCUAAUGCUAAUGCCGAGGGAGAAACAAAACCCGAGGCCGAGCCCAGCACAGAGGCCAAUGGUGAAAAUGAUAGUAAAUCUGCAGCCCCCAAAGCCGGCGAAGAUGAGUCAAACAGCAAGUCUCGCAAACGUCGUUUAAGUACUGCUGAUGGCCGUGAAAAUUCCGGGGAAAAUGGUGCUAGUGACAAGAAACCACCACCCAAACGACGCAUGAGCAACGUUGAUGGUGCUCAUGCGUCCGAAGAUAAAAAAGAUAAGGAAAGCACUGUGGCCCACCACGAGUCAAGUGGCAAAAAGAGAGUUGUGGUUAAACCACAUCUUUUGCUUUCAUUCCUCUACUUUGAUACCACACAUUGUGGUUAUAUAUUCGAACGUGAUUUGGAAGAUUUAUUUGCCGUUUUGGGCUUGAAUCUCUCACGUUCCCAAAUCAAAAAGGUGUUGGGUAAAUUGGCUUCCAAGCAAUCCAUUCAUUAUCGCAAACUCACCGACAAAGAACAGACAGAAGAAACAACACCCACUAUUGAAGAUGCUGAUGACUUACCAUUGGAAGAGUUAAAAGAAAUUGCCAUGGGCAAUAAUAAAUAUGAAUUCGUUUUUGCAGAAUCACAUCCCAUGCAUGGUGCUAUACCUCUUGAUGGAGAUGAGAAUAACGAAUCUAAUCUCAUAAAUUACAAUGGUGCUGUUAUACAUGUUGGAAAACUAAUGGAACAAAUAAAACGCACAGAGAAGAACUAUUCGGAUACUGAGAAGCUAUACAAUGACCUCAUGAAACAGCAUGCAGAUUUGCAAAAGGAACACACAAAAUUCGGCUCCAAAAUCAAGGAUUUGCAAGCUGACUCCAAGAGUCUUAAUAGGAAACUUACAGACACCAAACAGGAUCUAUACUCAUUGAAUCGCAAAUAUCGAGAUCAAAAUGCAACAUUGUCUUACAUUUACACACGUGUGGCACCCUAUUUCGUACAUGAUGAGGAGAAGGAAAAGGAGAAAGAAAAGGAAAAGGAGAAGGAAAAAGAAAAGGAUUCUAAAUCCGAGAGCUCCCACAAAGAUGAGAAGAAAAAGGAUGAAAAGGAAAAGAAAUCCCAUGGUGAGAAAGAUCAAAAAGAUAAUAAGGGUAAGGAAAAGGAGGGUGAGACGGAAGGUGCAAAGAACAAAGAUGUAAAGAGCGAAGGCAAGGCAAAGGAGAGCGAAGAUAUUAAAAAGGAAAAAGAUGUGGAAAAUUCCAAAGACGCAGACAAGGAAAAGGAAAAACCCCAAGAGUCUGAGGAAGAUGCUGAUACCGAAGCAACAGUCGAAGAAAAAGAUUCAGACAACAAAAUUAAAAAGGAGGAGAUAAAGAGAGAAGUAGCCAACAGCAAGGCUGCCACAGCUUCUAAGGAGAGUUCCGAAGAGAAGGCAACAAAGCCCAAAGGCGCACAAGCAACACCCAAAGCUACACCAGUAAAAGCAGCUGCAAAAUCCACAGCACCCCCUGCUAAGUCGACACCUAGUAAAGCAACGCCGGCAAAAUCUGCAGCAGCCAAAGCCGCACCUGCCAAGGCAACACCAGUAAAAGCUGCUCCCGCUAAGGCUGGUGCAACAAACAAGGCAACGCCAGCAAAAACAACUCCUGCUGCCAAAAAACCAGCAGCAGCUAAGAAAGCCACCACCGAUAGUUCACAGAAAUAGACAGCAGAAAAUGCUUUUAGAAUACCUAAUACCUAACCCCCCCAUUUUAUUAUGAUAACUGUAGUGUAACAUUUUAUCGCUACUAAUUGAUAAUUUAUAUCAAUGAUAUACAUGUAACAACUAUCCAUUCAUUCAUUUACUGUGUACUAUUUCUCUAAAAAAAACAAUUGGCAAAUAGCCAUGAGGUCGUCGUAUUGGAACAAGUUCAUUAUACAACAAACAAAUAAAGACAAGUCCACUAUCUAAUAUGAAAAAAAAA